GCCCUACACCCAAUAAUUACGCAAACUAUCUUUUUUCUUUAUUUCUCUAUCGUAGAAGUUAUUGGUAAGCAUCGAUACCCUGGUGAGUAAAGUGAAUUCUACAGAUUAGCUCUAGGCGCAAUAUAGAAAUCUUUCAAUUCCUUUGAAAUAGAAGCUAUCCUGAUCUUUAGAGAGAAAUGCUUAAGAAGGCAUGACGAAAGAUGGAUCAUCGGACAUUAGCGACCAGUAAAAUAUAUUCUAUUUAAAGCAAAGAGCUUAGGUUCUAAAUAACUGUUUUAUCAAUUGAAAUUUAUUAUAUCUUAUAGAAAUUUAGAUUAUGCUGUAUUGAAAUAAUAAUAAAACAAUACUGUCAUAACGUAACAAUGAUAAAGUAUAUUUUAAUAUGACGUUCUGUUAAUUUAUUUUUGUGUUGGUUUCAACUGACGUGUCAGUAUUCAACUCAAGCUGCUGUAGAGUAGACCUACAAUUUCCUUUAAUAUUUUUGUGUAUAAAACUACGUUAGAUCGUGACCACUAAACAUUAUUUUGCAUAGAAUACAGAUAAAGAUGUUUUUGUGAUCCAUAAAACGUGUGAAAUUGGUUUGUGAAUAAAUUACUUGAAAAUAAAUUUUACGUCAAUGUCAGCAUUUAACUAAUUUGACUGAAGUUCAUCAUGUCGAAUGAAGACGCGAUUGAGACAAUUAUAGGAGCAUUCGGGAAAUACCAGACCUGGAUAGCUAUUUUAAUAAUAAUCGGCCGAUAUCCCGUCGAAUAUCAGUUGACCAAUGUUGUAUUUAUUAUGCCAAGUGUUGAAUAUAUUUGCUUGGACGAAGGUGCAAUGAACGCAACGAAUUAUUGCCCUUGUGAGAAUCCUAAAUACGAUACGAGUACCAUUGUAAGCUCAGUGACCACAGAAUGGGAUUUGAUAUGCGAUAGAUCAUCUCUUGCAUCUUUGGCGCAAUCUAUGAUGCAAAUUGGUAUUGUGCCCGGAAGCGUGAUCUUUGGACACAUUUCUGACCGGUAUGGCCGUAAAAUAGCAUCAAUACUAUCUUUAUUCUUUCAAGUAGUAAUAGUUGCCAUAUCGGCUGUAGUCCCUGAGUAUUGGAUGUUUCUCGUUUGCCGAUUUGCUAUUGGAAUAACUGUUGGCGGAACAAUGCUAUGUACCUACGUCCUAAAAGUUGAAUUAAGUGGGAAAUCUUUUAGGCCAUAUCUAGUGGGUCUAGCAGAAGUUGCCUUCGUUACCGGAUACAUGACACUUCCAAUAAUAGCAUACUUUGUUAGAGAAUGGAGAACCUUGCAACUCGUAACUUCUCUUCCUUGGCUCUUUAUUGGAUUCUACUACUGGUUAAUUCCAGAAUCGCCACGAUGGCUUAUAUCGGUUGGCAAAAAACAAGAAGCAAUCAAAGUACUAGCCUACAUCGCUAAAAAAAAUAAUCGACCUACAGAUAACAUAGAAUCCAUUAUUGAUAAAAUCGAGGACGAAAAACCUGGAUCAAUGAUGGAUCUUUUCAGAACACCAAAAAUAAGAGUCUACACUGUAAUAGCGGCAAUAGUUUGGAUGCUGUGCGCACAUACGCAUUUCGGCAUUAACCAAUACAUAGGACGGCUUCAAGGAAAUGUCUAUCUGAACGUGUUUAUCUCAGCAUCGUGCCUAAUACCAGCGACUAUUUUGGUUGUUGUCGCUACUCUAUACUUCAGAAGAAAAAUAAGCAUUGUGACCAAUUUUACCCUAGUUGCACUAUCAUUGAUUGUGAUUAUAUUUAUACCGGGUGACUUAACUGCAGUAAGAAAUGCCUUUGCAAUUAUAGGUCAGGCAGGCGCAUUUACAUCUUUUGUUCAAGUAUAUUUAUAUUCUUCGGAAAUUUUCCCUACAGUGAUUCGAAAUUCGGCUAUGGGUUUCGCUUCAGUAUUCGCCCGAAUUGGAGGGUUCGUCGCUCCGUUCGUCGUUAAUAUAGGAAUCGAAUGGAUCUCCAUCACGAUAUUUAGCAGUUUGGCUUUAUGCGCAGCUGGUUUGUGUUGUUUCUUCCCAGAAACCAAAGAUAUUACUUUAAUAAAUACAAUUAAAGAGACCGAACGAGCUCAAGAUAAAAGACAAGACCAGCGGCUGUGACAAUGACAAUACAUUUACAUUGUAUGUCUAAAUCGUAAAUUAUGAUAAAUGUACGACAUAAGAGAUAUUAACUAAUGUUAUCAGAUAAUUUUACAUUGCUUAGAACAAUUAAGUGACACAUAUACACAUUGUACAUCACGUUAAAAUCGAUAAAAAAAUGCAUUUGUGAAUGGAUCUGCUAUGGUUAAAUAUAGUUCAGUAACUUGCUUUUUUGAUGAGAGCAGUUCAUUUUUAUAAGAAGAUUUACUUUACAAUCAAUACGAAAUAACUAAUCUAAGUGUAUACUUAAUAUUUUCGUGAUAUUAUAUACGUAUAUAUAUUAUGAAUCGACCCUCUUUAUAUUACUUGUCUUAACAUUUAUGUUGAUAUGGAGCAAUUUGGAGAGAACCGUCACUCAUGGAAGCAACAAUGUCGAUUAGCAGCCAACAAACUGCAAAUUUCUGUAACUUAAAAAAAUUCUCACAUGAUUUUUUUGGAAUAAAACCACACCUUACAUGACCUCUUGCUCCAUCCGUUUUCCAACGAACCUAGAUACAUAUUAGGAUAUUUUAUAAGCUGUAACAUGGUUGUGAUUAUAACCUUUCGUUCAAGAAAAUAUUAAUCUUAACGUGUAAUGUUUAUAUACAAUUGCAGUUAAUUUUAGUUAAGUCUGUAAGUUUUUUUUCAUUCUUUGUCAUUAGAUCAAUUUGUUUAUUACCAGUGAUGUUGAUUUUAUUUACGUUUAGGGAUGGUGAUAUUUUCGACGAUUUAAAUCCUGUUUUAGUAUUGAUAUUCUACUGCUAUUGAGCAAACUUACAGAUUUAAAGAGAUAUUUAGUUAUAAAAAUAUUUACACUGUGAGAAUAAUUUUUAUUAUUAUGUAUAUAUAUUAAAGAAACUAAUUCGUAUCGUAAUAGUAGUCGAAAUUUUAUCAAGUCGAAAUUAUAGUUGAAGUCGAUUCGUUUUAUUAUUUUUUCGUUGUUUUUAUUCGUUUUAUUAUUUUUGUUUUUGAUUGUUGUUUUUUCAUUUCCGAUACAUUUAGUUGUCUUCAUUUCUCUGUUAAAGAAUUGGUCGUAAGAAGCUUAAUUCGUAACUCGGUUGAAUAUCACUCGGGUUUGAGUUAGGCCCGUGAAUUGAAUUCGUGAUUUCGAUUUCUAUGUAUUUUUAUGAAUAUAAGUAACUAUACUUGAGACCUUAGAACUUAUAUCUCAAGGUGGGUGGCAUAUUUAAGUUGUAGAUAUCUAUGGGCUUCAGUAACCACUUAACACCAGGUGGGCUCGUCCACCCAUCUAAUCAAUUAAAAAAAAUUAAAUAGAAUAAUAAAUCAAUAAAGAUAAUCAUUUAAAAUUAUUCCAAUGAUUGGGGCAAUCUUGAUACAUAGCGUAUUUUUGUUAUUGUAACAUUUGUAACGCUAAUUAAAUAGCAGUUAGACACAGUUUCAAAGGUAAGAUUUCCUAAUUAUUGGAUCAAUAUGUUUGUUUUGUGCGUUAGUUGAAAAUUUAAUUGCUUUUUUACUAAAAAGAUUUUUUACUAAAAAGAACGUGAGUUUCUUCAAGAAAUAAAUAAAUGAAUUCAAGUAUCUUCACGGAGAGUUUGUUCGUACUCUAUGCAAUAGCACGUCUUCAAUCAGAUUAAACUUAUGCUCUGUAUAGUCGUUGUUGGCAUUAUCAAAGAGCGACAGAUAGCGCGCGAGUGGUUUCAACAAAUAGGUGUUUUCAUUCAACAAUAGUCACAGUUCAGCGUGACCGAUAUUCACUAGUUUAGUGUAAAAUGUAUAACAGUAUUUAACUGCACAUAAUUAUUUUCAAUUUCUUCUACUCAUGGCGGCUGAUGACGCAAUAGAAACUACAAUAGGAUCGUUCGGAAAGUAUCAAACGUGGAUUCUUAUGUUAAUAACUUUAGGGCGAUAUCCCGUUGAAUUUCAAUUGGUCAAUAUUGUAUUUAUUAUGCCCAGUGUUGAAUUUGUUUGUCUCGAUGACGGUGCAUUAAACAGAACGAAUUAUUGCCCUUGCGCAAAUCCCAAAUACGAUACUAAUACCAUUGUGAGCUCAGUGACCACGGAAUGGAAUUUAAUCUGUGACAGAACAUCCUUAGCAUCUUUAGCACAAUCUAUAAUGCAAAUCGGUAUUAUACCCGGAAGCGUGAUCUUCGGAUACAUGUCUGAUCGGCAUGGCCGUAAAAUAGCAUCGUUACUAUCACUGUUUUGUCAAGUACUAGCAGUGGCCAUAUCCGCUAUAGUAACCGAGUAUUGGAUGUUUGUCGUCUGCCGUUUUGUUAUUGGAAUUACCGUUGGAGGCACAAUAAUAUGUACCUACGUAUUGAUAGUUGAAUUAAGUGGGAAAUCUUUUAGGCCUUACCUAGUGGGCCUAUCAGAAGUUUCCUACGUCACUGGAUACAUGACACUUCCGAUAAUAGCCUAUUUUAUUAGAGACUGGAGGACCCUGCAGCUUGUAACUUCACUUCCUUGGUUAUUUGUCGGUUUUUACUAUUGGUUAAUUCCAGAGUCACCACGAUGGCUCAUAUCAGUUGGUAGAAAAAAUGAAGCUAUAAAAAUACUCACUUACAUUGCCAAAAAAAAUAAGAGGCCUACGAACAAUAUCGCAACCAUAGUCGACAAUGUAGAAAACGAAAAGCCUGGAUCAGUAAUCGAUUUGUUUAAAACAUCUAAAAUCAGAAUGUAUACUAUAAUAUCAGCUUUAGUUUGGAUGCUAUGUGCACAUACAUAUUACGGCAUUAACCAGUACAUAGGAAAUCUACAAGGAAAUUUGUAUUUAAACGUCUUCAUCUCAGCGAUUUUCCUUAUACCAGGCAUUGUUUUAGUCGUGAUUGCCGCCCUAUAUUUCAAAAGAAAAAAAAGCAUCAUGGCCAGUUUCACAACAGUAGCUGUAUCGUUAGUUAUAAUUGCGUUUAUUCCAGGGAAAUCAACUACAGUGGAUAUUGCGUUUGCAAUUAUAGGUCAGACAGGGGCGCGGAGUGUUUUCGUCCAAAUAUAUCUGCACUCUUGCGAAAUUUUUCCUACAGUGAUCAGGAAUUCUGCUAUGGGAUUUUCUUCAAUUUUUGCUCGAAUCGGAGGCUUCGUCGCUCCGUUCGUUGUUAAUAUUGGAAUCAAAGGGGUUUCGGUGGCUAUCUUUUGCAGUCUAGCCGUCUGUGCAGCUAUAUUGUGCUGUUUUCUUCCCGAAACAAAAGGGAUUGUUUUAAAGAACACAAUUCAAGAGACAGAACAAUGUCAUGCCAGAAAGAAAUCUGACCAUGCCGAGAAAACUGCAGAUAAUACAUGUAUCUAAAUGAUAACAUAUAAAAGACUCGAGCACUCAAUAAACCGCCCUAAAACCUUCGAGAAAACGGUGUCUUGGAUCUUGUAAAAUAUUGUGUUAAAGGAUUAUUAAUUAGAUAGAUAACAAGAAAAUUAUAAAUAUCUUAUUUACUUUUAUUACUAUUUACAAUUAAAAUUUUGGCAAAAUAGAGAAUUCACAGACAAUUCAAUAAAGAACUUAAUUUAAAAAAAAUUCAAGUACUUAAUUUACUCACACAAAUAUUAAAAUAUCUAUACAUU